AUGUCAGGACAUCACCGCAUCACCCUCGCCGCCAACCCCCCCUAUUUCGAUGGCGACAAGUCCAAGUACCUGGGCUUUGUGGAUGCGUGCACCACUUACAUCGGUGCCUAUCGGUCAGAGUUCUCGCUGGACGAGACGAAAAUCCUCUUCGUCCUGUCCUAUCUCCGCAAUGAGAGCGGCACAAGCUGCGCCGCCUCAAGAUGGGCGAUGAACUGGAAGCAGCACAAUUUCGAGGGCUUCCAAGGACUAAAGGCGGGAGUCACCGCAACAAGCUUCUUGGAGGAGCUUCAGAGGGCCUUUGGGGAUUCUAACGCAGAGCAAGUCGCUGCCGCCCGACUCAUGGCCCUUCGCCAGGGCAGACGGUCCUUUGCGGACUACAUCUCCGACUUCGAAAUGCUGGCUGCAGACGCGGGGUACAACGUGGUCACCUCCACCGACAGCAAGGGCGAGUACAAGAAGGGGGAACAGGACAAUAUCCUCAUCGAGUUCCUGGAGCGCGGACUCAGCAGCGAAAUUGCAAGCCGCCUCUACAACACUGGCGUCCCCCUGCCCAAGGCAUAUGGUGCCUUCAAGAAUUGGUGUGUCAACAUCGAGGCGAACGCUCUACGCGAUCAGCUGCGCAAAGCAUCGCAUGCGCAAUCCGCACCACGACCGCCUCCCCAAUUCCGCCCGCAGGCAGCCCCAAUGACACCUGCACCCGCCCCGGCCCGACCCGCUGCCAACGAACCAGUUCCGAUGGAAAUCGAUCGCACCCACGCCCGCGGCCGCAAUAUCAUCUGCUACAACUGUCAGCAGCCUGGGCACAUUGCGCGGAACUGUCCGGAGCCAAGGAAGAAGCGCACAUUCUUCAAUCGGGCCACGAUGCUGGAAGAGAUCGAGAACGGGGACAAGGACAACGAGUUCCUCAAGGAGAUCGCUGAGAAGCUGCGCGAGAAGGGUUUUUGA